CGGCAUCCUUCGGGCGGCGGCGGCGGCGGCGGCGGGCGCGGUGGAGCAGCACCGAGGGCGGCGGGGCGGCAGGGCAACCGGGCGGCGGCGUGAGGGCGGCCGGAGAUCAGAGGGGCAGCCGGGCCGAGGAGGGCCGCCGCCGCCGCCAUGCAGGAGAUCAUCGCCAGCGUGGACCACAUCAAGUUCGACCUGGAGAUCGCCGUGGAGCAGCAGCUCGGGGCGCAGCCGCUGCCCUUUCCGGGCAUGGACAAGUCGGGAGCUGCCGUCUGCGAAUUCUUUUUGAAAGCUGCCUGUGGCAAAGGGGGCAUGUGCCCAUUCCGCCACAUUAGUGGUGAAAAGACAGUGGUGUGCAAGCACUGGCUUCGGGGGUUGUGCAAGAAAGGGGACCAGUGUGAGUUCUUGCAUGAGUAUGACAUGACCAAGAUGCCUGAAUGCUACUUCUACUCCAAGUUCGGGGAAUGCAGCAACAAGGAGUGCCCCUUCCUGCACAUAGACCCGGAGUCCAAGAUCAAGGACUGCCCUUGGUACGACCGUGGCUUCUGCAAGCAUGGUCCCCUGUGCAGGCACCGGCACACGCGGAGAGUCAUCUGCGUCAAUUACCUCGUGGGAUUCUGCCCAGAGGGACCCUCAUGUAAAUUCAUGCACCCUCGAUUUGAACUGCCCAUGGGAACCACUGAGCAGCCCCCACUGCCGCAACAGACACAGCCACCAACAAAGCAAAGUAACAAUCCGCCAUUACAAAGGUCGUCCUCCCUGAUCCAGUUAACGAGUCAGAACUCUUCUCCCAAUCAGCAGAGAGCCCCGCAGGUCAUCGGGGUCAUGCAGAGUCAGAACAGCAGUGCAGGCAACCGGGGACCCCGGCCACUGGAGCAGGUCACCUGUUACAAGUGUGGUGAAAAAGGACACUAUGCCAACAGAUGCACCAAAGGGCACUUGGCCUUUCUCAGUGGACAGUGACAGCAGUUGGAGCCAGCUCAGAGCAGCCCAAGGGGCCCUGCUGGGAGUGUGCACUUGACUACUGGAUGUAGCGUCAGUGGGACUCUGGCCGAGCCUGGGGGCCCAUGUGCAGGGCCACAGUGGGGCCCUCUCUUAGUCUAUCUUUUUGCUGUGAUUUAAGGGACACAUGCUUCAGCUGGGCUCCCAAGUGACUACCACGUAUGCCUUGGCACCAGCCCUUCAGGGGCAGGGAGUGUUGAGGCAAAAGGCUCCUGCUACACAGAUGGAUAUGGAAGAUGGCCUUUCCCCUCAGGGCAGCUCAUAUGAGCCUAUGGGCUGGUUGUACCAGCUACUCCAUGUCCUGCUGAGUCCAGAUGCUGUGUGAUCUGAAUGAGUGAGGGCAUCUUCCCUGGCAAGUUCAGUCACUUCCUGUCCGGCCUUGGCCCUGGCGGCAGCAGCUGAAACAGGCACAGGCAUCCCCUGGUUGGGGCCCUCCUUUCUCCUGGGCUCACUCCUAUGGAGCACCCUGCCUAACAGUGCUUAAGGUACACUCUAAGCUGGAAUCACACACACACCCUUCAAUAGCUGAUCCAAUCCUUCUGCACCUACCUCCUACCAAUGGAGAGCAUCUGUACUGUCAUUCAGACAUGGAGCAUGCAGAGGACCUAUCACCUCAUCCUGGAGCCUAGAAAAUGUGAAACUGUCACCUGCAGCCUGCUGGGAGAGUGGCCCUAUCCCAGUUCAACCACAAGACCAUUUUUAUGAAGUUGAUUAAAGCUUGUUUUUU